ACCUUAAGAUUAGAGAAUGGCUUUUACAAAUAUCCGAUUUCUGACUUUCAUGCUUCUGAUCACAUCCAUGUUGGUCCCAUGUAGUUUUGCUAAUGCCAAUGGCACCAAAAAACAAGAUGUCACCCAGAAACCGAAUUUAAAUGAUAUACUUUUUUCCAACAAUAUUGGUGUUCAAGGCCUUGUUUACUGUAAAUCUGGCUCUAAACUCAUCCCACUUGAAGGGGCCGUUACAAGGAUAGAAUGCGAAGCUGCCGAUGAAUAUGGCUUUGAAACAAAACCAUUCUCUUUCUUAAAUGAUGCAACCAAUGCAAAGGGCUAUUUCCUUGCAACAUUGUUUCAACAAGAACUGGUUGCAGAAAAACGGGUGCUGAAGGAGUGUAGGGUAUUCCUUGAAGCUUCUCCUUUGAACAACUGCAACUAUCCCACUGAUUUUAACAAAGGAAUUAGUGGUGCUGAACUUCAUUCCUAUCACUUCCUCCAUGACAAUAAGAUGAAUUUGUAUACCGUGGGACCUUUUGUUUUCACCUCAACACCCAAAUCAAUCUCUAAUGGGUAUUAGAUGAUUCGAAACUCUUAGCCCCAUGAUGAUUUUUUUCCUUUUCUAGUUCUAAAUGUCUUUGAUUUGAUGAUUGUUUUCCAUUUUGUAUCAUCCAGAUUCUAGUAUAUAGGAAAAAGUUAUGUAACUUCUAUCUACAAAGUGAGAACAAAUGUUCAUUAUGAAGAAUAAAAGUCUUGAAAACGCUCUUUUGAUUUGAUUUGA